UUCUACCAGAGAUUUCUGGUUCAGAUUUCUGUGCUCAUAACCUACAGAAAAUUUACAAUUCGAUACCACUUGUUGAACGUAGUGUGUAUUUAAAGAAACAUUACCAUGGAGCAAUCAAGAGCUAAAACAUCGAAGAUAUGUCGAUUAUGUUUGGAAGAUCUCGACAGAACGACAAACUUUGGGAUAGACCUUGGACCCGCCAGUGAAAUUCGUCAGUUGAUUAAAGAUAUCUACACAGUAGAGAUUUUACCCACUGACCAGGUGAAAUUCAUCUGUGUAAGUUGUUACAAGUGCUUGUUGAAGAACCACAACAAUCUCGUACAACGUCAAAACAAAAAAAGGAUCGCACAGAUGAACCAGCUCGUACUCCAGGCCCAGCAAACGUCCAUCGAAGACACGCAAGAAAAUGAUGCAGUUCUUUCUGGAACGUCUGCCGAUAGCGAUUCAAAAAAUGAUUCCUCGGAACACAGUAACCCCGAGCGAAGUAUGGCAUCGAAACUGCCGGUUGUGGAGCAAAAUAGCAGCGCAAGGGUAAACAAGGUUUUGCCAACUUCAAACGUAGAACGCAGAAAAGGAUCAUCGAAUGAAACAGACAAAACAGAUCGCAGCCGAUCCUCAACACCACAGGUUUCAGGAGGAAGGGAAACCCGCAAAUCUAGCUUGGAACGUAGCCUACGGUUAGGAAGUUUCGAAAAACAGCUUGAAGCUCUUUUGCCAAUUUUGCAAGGCGACACCAAACAGGAAGAUUCUUCGUCGGAUACAUCAAUACACAAGCAAAGGAAACGGAACGAACCGGGGAUAACACCACCAUCAAGUGGAUGUUUGAUACCACUAGUGAUGGAUUGUAUGGCUCAUCCGGAAUAUCUUGAAGCGCUGUUUCCUCUGAAAAUCUCACGAGGUCCUGAGGACGCAAAACCUUUAGAAUACAUGUGUGAUGUUUGUUUCCAAACAUUUAAAAAAGAAGAUGAUUACCGCAGUCAUCGCAAGCAUGGCUGUACACAGUCAUGUAGGUACUGCUUUGCGCAAAUCAAGUCUCAGCAUUCAUGUGCCUUAGUUAGCAAGCACUCAUUGAUAAACACAUUUGUUAAAGGAAGUGAAAAAUAUUGCACAAGAACUGAUACGACAACAGAAAACUCUAAGUUGAACGAACUUGCUGAAACUCCCAAGGGACAGUCGCCUCGAUCACAUCCAUCUGCAGAAGAACGGAAAGCCAAGGGAUCUCCUAACAAGAGUGGACAUGAUAAUAGUCCCAUAAAAACGACUGGUAAAAUCAAUCGAAUCGUAUAUUCAGUAGAAUCAUCCUCUUCAUCGGAUAACUCUUCCGAUGUACCAACACUAUUUAACGUAGAAACAUCAGACGAGGAAUACAAUAAUCUACUGAAUGAUGUUAGAAACAAAAUGCGUAAAAAGACAAAGAAAAAAAGAAUAAUCGAUUAAAAAGGGAUGCACCCGAAGUACAUCGCGUACAGGAUCGGAGUACGGAAGCUGGUGCCACACUAGGGCACAUACAAAUAUAACAUUUUUUUAUUAUACUUUUCUUUCAUAAAUGCAUAAAUAAUAUGUUAAUGUGUUAUGUUACGCUAUA